AUGGCCGCAGGAAGAUGUCCAAUCAUGUUUCUGCUACUACUGUGCUUUCACCUGGGCCUCGGCUGGGUUGCUGGUGCUCACGAGGCUCCUGUGGCAGAUGAGCUCUCCCCUGAGACGGCAGAGACUGGAGGGACCCAGAAGCUGCAUCAGGGUAACAAGCACGUCCGCCUUCCGAGAGCCCCAGCUGGUCCCUGCCAGCUGUGGAGCCUGACCCUGCCGGUGGCUGAGCUGGGCCUGGGCUAUGCCUCAGAGGAGAAGGUCAUCUUCCGAUACUGUGCUGGCAGCUGUCCCCGAGAGGCCCGGACCCAGCACAGCCUGGUGCUGGCCCGGCUACGAGGGCAGGGUCGAGCCCACGGCCGACCCUGCUGCCAGGCCACCAGCUAUGCCGAUGUGACCUUCCUUGACGAUCGUCACCGCUGGCAGCGGCUGCCUCAGCUCUCAGCUGCUGCUUGUGGCUGUGGUGGCUGAAGGUGGCUAGCCCUGUGUCUCACAAUCACAAGCAUGAAGCAGCCUGGGCUUUGACAGGCUCAGGUGACACUUACUAGACACUUGCAUAGGUGAAGAUAAGAA